AUUGGCAUCCCGCUUGAGAGUCAAAGCUUAGUGGUUCACCUUGAAAGCAUGGCUGAGGCGGAAGCAGUCACAAGUGAGCCAGCCAAGCCAGAGGAGGCAGAGACUCUGGAGGUGGAAAAGGCUACUCCUGAGGCUUUGCAAGCAGUCUCGGACGAGGUUGCUUUGGGCCAUGAAAGUCCGCAAAAGGCUGAGCUGAAGCCAGAUGACAGACUCAUAAAGGUGAAAGGUCUUGACAAGCAGCAGCUUUGCAUCGACUUGUUGAUGGUAGGCUGCGUCCAGUCCUAUGUGGACUUCUUCUACAUUACGCACCGAAAAGCGGCUCCUAAAGAAGGAGCACCGGAAGAUGAGGUGAAAGACGUGGUCAUACCUGAGGAGACCUUGAUUUUCUUGAAGGAGACGCUGGAACAAGCAGAGUCUGCAAGACGACUACGGAGUUACCUGCAAUGUUAUGAAAGCUACAACUCCUUGGCCGAAUUUUUUGAGAAGGUGCCAGACCUGAAGAGUGCCAUGUAUUUCUACCAAAGAUGUGCGGACGUGGCUGCGGAGGUUGAUGCGUGGGAGAGCAUUGCAAAGGCAAAUCUCAAUCUUGGCAGUUGCGAGGAACAGGGAGGAAACUGGCAAAGUGCUAUGCAAUAUCAUGAAAAAGCAUUGGAGAUUGCAACUUCCGCAGACUCCCUGCCUUUGCAGAUCAAAGCAGCCAGUCGCCUCACCACAGUAUGCCAAGUUUUGGCAGAGCAGUGCGAAAAGGACGGCCACGAUGCCGAAGCAGUACAGCUCUACGAACGUUGCCUGACCAGUGCGCAGCUCUCCAAAGACGCUGCCUUGGAGGGCUCUGCAUGCCACAAGCUGGGCUUGUCAAAGCACAAGACGGGACAUUACGAGCAAGCCGUUGAGCUGCAAAAGCAAUAUCUGGACAUUUGCAGGAUCCAGGAUGAUCGUGUUGGGGAGAGUGCAGCUCGAGCUGCUUUGGCACAGGCCUAUGAGGCCACUGGCGACACACAAGAGGCCAUCAAGCAGCUGGAGAACCUGUUGAGCGUGGCUAGCGAAGCUGGAGAGCUCAAGGCCCAAGCAGGUGCAUGCCUAAACUUGGGCAUCCUCUACAAUAGCCGUGGCAACCAUGAGAAGUCUGUGGAGCUAUUGGAACAGCAUUUUGAUCUGGCAAGGCAGAUUGGAGAUCGGAAGCUGAUUGACUCUGCUCGAGUUGUGCUGGGCAUGGUCCGCGGGAAUGGCAAAUUGAAAGCUUACAUCAACAUGGUGAACCAUGAUUUGGACAAGCUCCUGAAAUGGAAAAGCAAACGUGCAACUUUGGACUCAUAGUGCUUGUAGCCGCUUGAAAUCGGAGCGGUGGGAGGAUGUGUGUAUAUAGCUGUGUAGUGAGAUGCAGCAGCGCCAGUGACACUAGGCAGUACCGC